CAAUUUUCUCAUGCGUCAAUUCAGCAUAUUACCCCAUUGACCCAGUGCGGAAACGAAUCAUGCACUCAAUCCAACCGCCACAGACAAGAUCGCCGUCUACCAUGCAGCCCUAAUGCUGCCUCGCCAUGCCUGUGGCCUGAUUGUCGCCCCCUUUUCCACGAUCAUCAACCUAUCAAUAUUGCAGUCUGAUAUUGGAGCGAUCGUGUCCAACUCUACCCCUUGUCAGAUCGUCCCGAAGGUUUCCUCCGUCUUGCUUCUGGGCAGAUACGAACUGUGAACUACGGAGUGAAAGCCAUAGCCUGCGCAUCAUUGCUUGCCGUCGCAAGGCAAAUACGCACCAGCUACGGAUCAGGCUCCACGAGGUUUUGCCUUGUCAAGAUCACAUGUGCUCUCCACGCGAAUCCAGUCAGCGUCCACCACUCGCAGAGUCCAACGCCCUAGGGAUCGUCGCAGUCUUACUGUCUCGCUCAGUGACGCCACCAUGCCAAACCCCAAAAUUUACCUUUAUGCAGAGGCUCUGACUAACAUCCGGCAAUUGACUCUUCAUGCUUCCCUUCAGACCGAGAAGAAUGAGCACACCAAAGUUCUCAUAUCUUCCGACAAGAACAUCAUUACAGCACUCCACGAUGGCGAGUCUUCGAGCAUCUAUUUGCCAACCCAGAUUUCCGGAACAGCAAAAGUGACCUUUCCUACAGACAAAAGGACCGAAUUUUCAGUUCGGUUGCAGAUUGAUGACACUAGUCAGCUCAAGGGUGCACAUGAUGAACCUGGUGGCAUUGAAGUGCCCUGGUGUGCAAGCGACUUGUCCCAGAAGACUGCUAUUCGAUGCAAAAAUUGUAACGCUGAAAUAGUGCAUUCGGGCACAGUCACCAUCUGGAAAGACCUACCAAGUGAUCAUUGGGCAGAGUUAAUGGACAUGUGGUUCUGUCAUAAACCACAUGAAGCGCAUUCGACUGAGGAUGAGGCCGCUAGGUUUAGAGGCUUCUCUUCAAAAAGCAAAAUCGCUGCCACAUCCGGUAUAGGGUUGGUGGAUACCGUCUCUUUCCUCUUACAUCGAGACGACUGCCUCGAGACACAGGCAAUACCCAGUUCGAGGAAAGGAGGCAACAUCAUACGAUGCGGCGCUUGCACAACGGUCGUUGGUUCUUCUCAAGAAGGCGAACCCAGUACCAGGCUCUACAAGUCUCGUUUGCUGGUUGUCCCUGACCAGGGCCAAAGUCCACAGGGAUAUGAUGCUGCUGUCUUUCUCACUGCGCAACUACUGACUUUGAUCGAGAGCUCUGUGAGUCGCAAGGUAGUGAUCUAUGGCGACAAUGGCGAUGAAUCUUUACCUGCACGACAGGGCCUUCUUGUCUGGGUUUUCAACCCUGACAUCUACUAUUCCAGCAGCAAACGCGGACCUACUGCUCACCGUGCCAUGAAGGUCUUUUACAAGGCACUUCCUGAUCCGGAUAAGUUUCUUGAUGCCAACAGCAAUACCCAUGAAGAGCUCCGAAUACCAGAGGAGGAUUUUGUGGACUUCAAGGACACACUAGGCGAAAGCACAGAAAUUCUGCCACAGGCUGCACGGACAUUCCAGGACUGGACGGUUGGCUUACUGGAUCGGUGGGAAACGAACGCGACAGGGUCAUCGAAGAUGGACGAGAAUCCGCUCAACAAGAAAGUCGGAGAAGGUUUUGAGCUAUUCAAGCUCCCAGCUGGAAUGCAAGAGCUUUACCUAUGAUGCAGGAAAAUGUUGAAAACGACAGCCGUAUGCGGGACUGCAAGGCAUCCGAAUGGGGCAGCCGUUCAGCUUGCAUUGAUGCCAGCGUCGAAGUUCUAAAGCUUGGAACAGCUGAUCAUUGCGGGAGUUGGGCUUUCACUCAGGCCCUUGUCCCUGUCCGCAGACUGGCAUCCCGAAUGCCAUUGGAUCUGCCAAACCUACCCAGCUCGAUGAGCGGGCUAUGUUUCCGGCAAAAUACCCAAUCAAAGAGAAGACAAAUCGAUGGCCUCCCUCGAAUCAGAUCGUCUACGCCCGGUGCACUUCUGUGUGGAUGUGCCAGGGAGGGCCAGGCAUAACUGCCGUUGGCUUGUUGAAACAGGAUUUUGUGGCAUGAAGGAGUGCUUCUAGGGUGUACUUCAAGGCUUUGCUAAAACGGGAUGCCUCAAGGGCGUUGGUACGAAAAAUUUCGCGAUUGUCUGCACCUGUUCCCCCUUGGAGGUAGCGUCAGCGGUUCUGCCUUGCCACGCGUAGUAUCCACGUGUCAGCCAUCGUUACCGUUGCCGUAUUCCCUGGUCACUCCCGCCGUAGAGUGCUUUCGGUCACGUGAGCAGGUUUUCAAUCA